UUGGUAUUUCCCCGGCCUCUGACGGAAACGUGGGGAUCAGAAGAAUCCUCCCUAAACUUCAAAACCCUGCCCCUGGGAGCCCCGGGAGCUCGGAGCCAGGCUUAGUCCUGCGCCUGCGUGGUGUGGUUGGAGGGCUAAGGUCAUGCUGGAGCCAGCCCCUCUCUUCUCGUCAAAUCUCGCGAGAUCGCCCCCAAGCUCCGCGACGGAAUUAUACAGAAAUCUUGUGAGACGACUGCACAAACAGAGUGAUGAUUGUACAGCAAGUGGUAUUAAAUUCCCGACCUGGAAAAAAUGGUAAUCCAGUGGCAGAGAAUUUCCGAUUGGAAGAAGUCAGUAUAUCAGAUACUAUUAAUGAAGGACAAGUACAAGUUAGAACUCUUUAUCUUUCUGUGGAUCCUUACAUGCGUUGUAGGAUGAAUGAAGACACUGGUACUGAUUAUAUAGCACCUUGGCAGCUGUCUCAGGUGGUGGAUGGUGGAGGUGUUGGAAUUAUAGAAUUAAGCAAGCACACAAAUUUGACUAAAGGUGACUUUGUGACUUCUUUCUAUUGGCCCUGGCAAACCAAGGCUAUUCUGGAUGGAAAUAGCCUUGAAAAGGUAGACCCACAGCUUGUAGAUGGACACCUUUCAUAUUUUCUUGGAGCUAUAGGUAUGCCUGGCUUGACUUCCUUAAUUGGAGUACAGGAAAAAGGUCAUGUAACUGCUGGAUCUAAUCAGACAAUGGUUGUCAGUGGAGCAGCAGGUGCCUGUGGAUCCUUGGCUGGGCAGAUUGGCCAUUUGCUGGGCUGUUCCAGAGUGGUGGGAAUUUGUGGAACACAAGAGAAAUGCCUCAUUUUGACCUCAGAACUGGGCUUUGAUGCUGCAAUUAAUUAUAAAAAAGGGAAUGUGGCAGAACAACUCCGAGAAUCAUGCCCAGCUGGAGUAGACGUUUACUUUGAUAAUGUUGGUGGUGACAUCAGCGAUACAGUGAUAAGUCAGAUGAAUCAGAACAGCCACAUCAUCCUGUGUGGUCAAAUUUCUCAGUACAAUAAAGAUGUGCCAUAUCCUCCUCCACUGCCCCCUGCGAUAGAGGCAAUCCAGAAGGAAAGAAACAUCACAAGGGAAAGAUUUCUGGUGUUAAAUUAUAAGGAUAAAUUUGAGCCUGGCAUUCUUCAACUGAGUCAGUGGUUUAAAGAAGGAAAGCUAAAGAUCAAGGAGACUGUGAUAAAUGGAUUGGAAAACAUGGGAGCUGCAUUCCAGUCCAUGAUGACAGGGGGUAACAUCGGAAAACAGAUAGUUUGUAUUUCAAAAGAUAUUUCUCUAUAAUUGUCAUCUUCAAGAAAAAUCACACAUAUUUCUUUCCACCUUACACAAAGAUUUUUAAGAUAAAAUUUUUUUUAAAAAAAAGUACAGGGGUGGGGAGGGUGGAUGAUGGGAAAGGCAGCGGAGCACAACAGACACUAGUAUGGCAAUUUGUAAAUCAAUGGAUGUGUAACUGAUGUGAAUCUGCAAUCUGUGUAUGGGGUGAAGGUGGGAGUUCAUAACCCACUAGAAUCAAAGUGUGGAAUAUGAUAUGUCAAGAAAUUUGUAAUGUUUUGAACAACCCACAAUAAAAAAUUUAAAAAAAAAAAAAAAAAAAAAAAAAAAGUACAGGGGGCUGGGGUUGUAGUUCGGUGGUGGAGCGCUUGCCUCACAUGUGUGAAGCACUGGGUUCAAUCCUGAUCACCACAAUAAAAUAAAAUAAAGGUAUUGUAAAAAAAAAAAAGUACAGAUAGCUCUUGAUUUGAAUGUGAUCAGAAGAAUAUUUUCUUACAUAACUUAAUUCUUUUUUAUAUCUUAAUAUCAUGUGUGCACUCUACAUCUAACAUUACCUAAAAUAAUAUUGAAAUUAAAAUGAUCCAUUUUUCUUUUGUUAAAACAUGUAUGACAUAAUUGUAUCAGACAUUCUGAAGUUACUGGAGAUUUGAUGCAACGUUAAUGCAUCAAAUUUAUAAAUUUUUAAAAAUUAAUAACGUCUAUUUAAAAUAGAAUAUUCUAUUUGAAAUGAGAGGCAUGUAGUAAACAUUUGUUGGACUGGAGAAAAAAAACUUCACAUGAUUCUUAAACUGAAACUUGGAAUAAGAACAGAAUUGGAAUGGCCUUUCCAUAUUGUAGGUGGAAACAGGACUAAAUGGUAUGAUAUGUAUGUAAGGACUGCAGGGUAGGGUUGGUUGGGUGUGAUUCAGAGCUUGUGGAACAGUUUUUGCAAAAGGAAAACAGAGGUUUGGGGUUGGGAGUGAUAUGAGAAAAUAAAUGGCUGAAGUUAUUUGGUUUGAGAGACCCAGAGAUCAGGAUUUAAUCCAAAGGAUUAUCUAUUAAUGUUUUGCCAAAUAAUUCACUAUACUGUCUAAAAACCCAAUUUAUUUUAUUUUUUUUUAAAGAGAGAGAAUUUUAAUGUUUAUUAUUAUUAUUUUUUUUUCGGGGGACACAUCUUUGUUUGUAUGUGGUGCUGAGGAUUGAACCCCCGCAUGCAUGCCAGACGAGCACGCUACCGAUUGAGCCACAUCCCCAGCCCUAAAAACCCAAUUUAUAUAUUGAUAAAAGCAUAUGUUAAUCUUAGUUUAGUGUGCAAAUAUUGACAAAUAGUUGUCAAGAUUAGAGAGCAAGUAGAUAUAAACUUACUGGGAAUUUCAGAUAACUAAACAAGGAGGUUUGGGGGUGUAACUCAGUAGCACAACUCUGCUUGACCUUGAGGUCAGUCCCCAGCACAAGAACACCUAAAACAACCAAAAUCAAAACAAAGACGGCUUCAGAAAACAACAGGACUGACUGGGAAAAUUAACCAAUGGUUGUAAUCAUGAAUGUUCAAAACCUAUAUUGAUGCACCUCUAAGUAAGUUUGUUUUAUUAAUUGUAUCCAACCCUUUGAAACAAUAAAAUUGAAGAUGUU